AUGGAUCGAGAACCGUUUCCGCCGUCGGAAAUACGGCAUCUAGAGAGUAUGAUAGCGUCAAUGCGCGUGAACGAGCUGCAAUCAGUGUUGUCAAUGUUCAAGAUGCCAAAAUUGGGUAAGAAGCAGGAAUUGAUACAACGAUGCACGGACUUGUUACGAACGCCUGCGCUGCAAGUACAAGUAGCUCAUCAAGUGAAGAUUCUAGUCAAAAACAGCAACCGGGCAACGCCGUACUCCGUUCCUAUGAGGAAUUGCAUGCCAAAUGGGGUGAUGAUGAAUGGGAAUACUGGAUACGCCGGAUAUCGUAGUGGGGCGCCGUUACUUCAUCAGAUUCAAUCCAAUGCAAUUCAUCAACAGGCUCGCAUUCUGCGAAACUUUGUGCCAGUUCCGUUACCAUUCUACGACUGGCACAAAACGGUAUUGGAGCCAAUGGAAUUGCCACCAAUUAUGUCCGGAGUGAAGACACCUUGCAAACAAAGCUUCAAUUUCACUUUGCCGAGGGAAUAUUUCAUGAAUUGGUCUCUUAAUUCGCCCCUACCCCGCUAUGAAAUUCAACUCAGAUUUUUCCAAGUGCCUGAAAAUUACGCCUCACAGGAAUUACCUGAUGAUUUCCCGCUCAACUGCGUCACCCGUAUAGAAGAGCAACAUGUACAACUACCUGCUUUGAUUCCUACCAAUAAACCAAAUGUCGAACCAAAACGUCCAUCACGGCCAGUGGAUAUAACCCAAUACUGCCUGAAUGUUCGAGACACAUCGCGACCGAUGCGAUUGCUGGUAGAGUGGACGGGUGACAAGCGAGCGUGGGCGGUUGCAAUCUACUUGGUAUAUCGAGUAACUUCUGAAAUUCUUCGUGAUCGGGCGACUGGUGCUGCAAAAAAUUCUGCCACCGGAGCAAAUGUUACUAACGAGAGACCGAGUCAUCGGCAAGAAGAGCAUGUGACUAGGGAUUUGAUCCGAGUGCGAUUAGGAGGUGGAAAUGAUGAUGACAUUGCCAUGGCGCAGCUAAAGAUUAGCCUAUUGUGUCCGCUGUCACGGACACGAAUAGUACUCCCGGCACGAUGCAAAAACUGUCAUCACCUGCAAUGUUUCGAUCUGUACAACUACCUACAAAUGAACGAAAAACGGCCAACAUGGCGAUGCCCAGUUUGCAGUGGACCGGCACCAUUCAAACAUAUAAUUAUAGACGAAUAUUUCCAAAAUAUGCUCGCUAACGUGGAAUCGGAAACGACCGAAGUGGAGCUAUUAGUUGAUGGCUCUUAUAAAACAGUUAAAAAUGAAUGUGUUGAUCUGGACGAUGACGAUGUGCCGACGUCUACCGCCGCUGUAGAGAACACAGCAAGUGGAAGCGCUGGACCAUCAACUCCAGUACCGUCAAGAUGCAAAAGCAAUGAUGAUGACAUCAUAGUGCUUUCUGAUUCGGAUGAUGAGGAUCGAGCUGUGGAGCAAGCGAUUCGUGCAUCUAUAGCCGAGUCCACACUUCCUGUACCGCAACAAACAAGUCCUCGAUCACGUGACAGUUCAAUUAUCAUAAUUGACGAUGAAAGUCCACCUCGACCACCGCCACAACAAGUUCCAAAUAAGACUUGUAACGGAGCAACAAGUUCUCUACCUACACUUUCACCACCGAGUACAUCAACAAGCACAAUACAAGCUCAGACAGUAUGCACAUCGUCAAUAGCCACUAAUGGAGUACUUGGAAGUAAUCGUGUGCCUGCACCUCAAACACAUAGUAUAUUAAGUGGCCAUCAAAGCCUCUACAACAACUCGACCUUGUCGUACUAUCACCAAUCACAAUGGAGUCAACCGACAGCAUCCAGACCCCAAUAUCCAACACCACAACCGCAGGUCUCAUCGGCGCUGAACGCCGGGGCAGCGUUCACACUUCCCGCUUACAAACCGCCACCUAUGAGCAAUUUGCUGGGACGAUAUCAACCGAACGUGACGGUCCCGUUCAGCUAUACAAGCGCCGCCGCAGCGCCAUCACCGCAACAUUUUGGCGCCGGUGGCGCAAAUUUACAACAAGUACUAGCAACACUUGUACAACAAACCACAUUUGCGAAUGGUGCUGGUGGUCCCGGUUCGACCAGCAGCACUCAGUGA